AGUCAGUGGUGGGAAGGGCAGGUUGUUGCUGCUGAGUUGAUUUCACGGAGAGCGGAUCCACGCUGUGGAUUAAAUAUUUGCAGUAAACAGCUGAUAGUGGUGUGCAGCUGCGGGAGUGUGGAUGGGGGGAAACAGCCCGAGUCACCUCUCUCAGGAGGAUGGAGAAGGUGGAGGAGUCACUUUUGUGAAGGGCAUCCGGCUGUCAGAUAAAGUCAUCAACAGGAUGAGACAGUCCUCAAAGGUCAUCACUCCUCCUCCACCCUCACCUGAACCACAAACACACACUCCAGUCCCCGCCCCCUCUGUCGAACACUUAUUACCUCUGCUGACACCUCCUCCUCCAUUCAUUGCACCUCCUCCUCAGGAAGCUCCAUCCACACCUCCGUCAGUGGAACCUGCUCCUCCUGUAAAACUUGUCCCUCCUCCUCCUGUAAAGUUCCACUCCCUUCCUCUUGCCCCGUCUCCACCUAUAGAGCCAAUAACUCCACCUGUAUCCGACCCUGUUGUCUCAGCCCCCGCCCCACCACCACCACCUCCUCCUCUGCAAGAAGUCCCAUCCACACCUCCAUCUGUGGACCCUCCUCCUCCUGUAGUUUUUCACGCCCUUCCUCCGACCUCUGUGGAGCCUGAAGCCGCGCCAAGCACUCCACCUCUAUCUGACUCUGUUGUCUCGGCCCCUCCUCCACCUCCAGCUACACCUUCUCCAGAAAUAGAGGCACCUGCUGCUCCACCAGUAGAAGCACCUCCUCCUCCACCUGCUGUAGUGGAGCCAAUAGUCCUUCCUCCUGUUGAGUCCUUCAUCCCACCUCAUGUAGAGCCAGAAAUCAUGUCUACACCACCCAUAGCAGAACCUGUUAUCUUACCUCCACCUAUGGAAACACCUGUAGCUCCACCUGAACCUUUAGCUUCACCUCUGCCCUCUGAAACACCUCCAGCUACUAUUGAACCUGCCGCUGCAGCUCCCUCUGUUCAACCUUUAGAAUCUGUUCUCCUGUCUGCACCACCAGUGGAAACGGUUCAGCCUCCACCCACUGUUGAAUCUACACCAGUUGAACCCACAACCCCACCCUGUCCUGUUGAUUUAGCUCCAGUUGAAGCCAUAGUUUUACCUCCGCAAAUGGAGACGCCUCUUGUUGAGGUUACAGUUAAAGAAGUAGUGCCUCCAGUCGUGGCUCCAGCUGUGGAGUCACCGCCUCCAUGUGAACUGGUCUCACCUCCACCUCCUCCAGAGCUGGUGGCAGCACCUCCUCCAGAGCCUGUGGCAGCACCUCCUUCAGAGCUAGUGGCAGCACCUCCACCUCCUCCAGAGCCAGUGGCAGCACCACUUCCAGAGGUGGUGGCAGCACCUCCACCUCCUCCAGAGCCAGUGGCAACACCACUUCCAGAGGUGGUGGCAGCACCUGCACCUCCCCCAGAGCCACUGGCAGCACCUCCAGAGCCAGUGGUAGCACCUGCACCACCCCCAGAGCCGGUGGCAGUGCCUCCACCUCCUCCAGAGCCAGUUGCAGCACCUCCACCUCCUCCAGAGCUCACUUUCGAAGAGCCUUCUCCACCCUGUCACUGUGUGGAGCUGGCCAUCAUACCCACCAAUGCACCUGUUAGUGAUGAACCCCUCCCUGAACCUCUGGCACCACCUCCACCUGCUCCAGCUCCACCUGCUGAAGAGCCCGCCAUCACCCUGUCUCUGCCUCCUGUCAUUGAGGAUGAAGUACUUGCUAUCACAGCAACACCUCCACCUGCAGCAGUCCCACCUGUUUCUGCUGAAGUGAUGGAGGAGGAGUUGAAGCAGAAGAUCAAAAUGGAGAUGCAGUUGAGUCUGGAGGAGGAGAUCAACCAGAGGAGGCAGGAGCUGCAACGACAGCUUGAGGAGAUGAGGGCUCAGGCUCAAGCUGCGGCCCAGGCAUCUGCUCAGGCUCAGGUGGAGGAACAGGUGAAGAAGACGCUGGACGGGGAGAUGAUGGCGUACAAGGAGAACCUGACAGACGCCAUCAUGAAGGAGCGAAUGAAGACAGAAGACCAGAGGCUCAUGGUGCAGCUUUAUCGGAUGGAGUUGAAGGCUCACCAGCUGGAGAAGAGGGAGAAAGAGCUGAGGAAACGAGACGCUCUCUACAAGGAACAUAUCGCAAAACUUGAAGCAAAGUGUGCUGAGUUUUACAGAGUGACUGCUGAGAGCUUCCAGAAGGGCAAAGUAGAGACUCGCAACCGCUUUGCGCGUUUCAACAUCCAGCCGGUGUGCGGUGAUUUGCAGAGUCAGAUUUUAAAAUGCUACAAGGAGAACACAGGGAAGACUCUGUCCUGCUCAGGUAUCGCCUCGGCGUACAUGCAGUGUGUGGACAACGCCAAGAAGAAUAAAUUGAGCACUGGAGGUUAAUGUGGACCACCUGAUGAAGAUGAUGACAUUUGAGAGCUUUACUGCCGCAGCAAGGAAAAGUUUAUGGACAGAAUUCAAGCAGAGUUACAGGAGAAUCAUCUCCAGCCUUUACAUACUGUCAGACAGACUUGUAGUCUGCUCUGACAGGAACAACAUGUUUGCAGCCUCUCCGGUUCUUGGGAUUAUCUUAAAACCACUUGUGCCACAACAGUAAGAGAUGGAUCGAAUCAUUUUAAGUGCUUGUCUUUUGUAAACAAGUUGAAAGACAACAGAGGAGAAGAGAAGUUCGUGUGUGUGACGUAUAUACUGAAUGGGAUGCUGGUAAAUCAUGUUUGUGUGCCUUGAAGUUAUGAAAGCUAAUUAUCAGAUUGAAAAUGCAUGAGAGAACUGAUUAAUGAGUGUGAUGUAACAAAGACCUGUAAGUGUUUAAGGGUUAUUGUGAUGUACAUAAAUUAUUUCAGGGGUUAUUUCUGGUGCAUGCCUAGAACUUUAAUCAGUCACAAUAAACUUUGUUGAAUCACUAA